AUGGUUGACGGGGCGAGUGCGACACACCACGAGAGACCUGCUGAUACGUGUCUGGGUCGGUGGAUGCGGUCUGCGGUGGGUGCGUGUCCGCGCAGCCGGCACCGUGUGCAGAGCAGGGCCAUUUCAGCUGUGCGUGCGGCGCUUCUUUUGGUGUUGGCGCUGGUUGCUGCUGCGGCGUGGAUGCCCGCGGUGCAUGCGGUGGUGUUGCGACUGCGGGGCGGCACGGUGGACAGAGCCAUCACGGUUGGCCGUGCCGUGGACACGGCGCUGAUGGACGGCGUGUCCAUCACGAACGGCGUGGCUGUGGUGUUCGACGUGGCGGCGAUGCUCCCCGGUGCGCUGCGCAUCGAAUUGAGGAACUGCGUGUGCGACGGCGGUGCGCAGCUCUACGUGCGGGGCUACAGCGGCGAGCCGGCGAGUGACCGGAGCCUGGAGGUGAGCGUGAGCGGGCUGUCCGGCGGCUACUGCUCGCUCGUGUUUGUGCACAACCUGCCGGCACACACGAACGUGACGGUCCGCGACUCGACGAUUGUGACGCCGGGGCCGAUGCACUACUCGCAGCUGAGCGGGCUGACGGACGCGGUGGCAUCGCCGCUUGUGCUGUACGCGACGUCGCUGUUGCAGUCGCAGCUGCGUGUGAGCAACACUGUGCUGAGGUCGUCGCACGUGGGCGGGUCGGCGGUGUACGUUGGCGGCGGCGUGGACCUGCUGUCGAGCGCGGUGGUGCUUGACGGCGUGUCGCUGGUGACGUCGGGCGGUCCGACCGCGUCCGCGAUGCAUGUGGCGUCCUCGUCGCGUGUUAGUUUGCGGAGCCACUCGGUGCUCUCUGUGACAAACGUGUCGGUUGUGAGCAGCGGCGGCGGCAUUGUGCUCGGAGAGCGCCUCGCGGUGCUUGAUUCGGUGUUGCGCUUCGUUGGCGUUGAGGGGUCUGUUGCGUCGUCGCUGGUGCGCUGCGACGGUGGGACGGUCGGUGGCGGCGGGUGGCUGGACAUGCACGACGUGUGGGCGGUGGGCGAGGCGUUGUCGGUGGCGUCGCUGUCGGGGGUGACGCUCAGCGGCGGCGCCGUGUCGAUUGCGCGCUGCGCUGCCACUGGCGCGACGCUUGUCUCCGGGCUGACGAUCACGAGCGGCGUCGUGUCGGUGCAGUGCAACCGUGCUGGC